CUUAUCAUUGUUAUUUUAGUCUUGUUUGCAUUGUCAACACCAUCACUAUGUGAUAUAUGGUCCAGUUGUGGAUCACCAACUGAUCACUUUCAAAUACAGAAUGUCACCAUCACCCCAGACCCACCAGUAGCGGGUCAAUCACUCAAUGUCACUGCCUCUGGAUACUUGGAUGAAGAUGUAGUUGGAGGUUAUGCACAUAUAUUGAUCAAGUAUGGAAUCAUUCCGAUCAUUGUUGAUAACCAGGACCUAUGUUCCUUUCCAAAGAGCCCUUAUCAUUGUCCGAUAAUAUCUGGAGAGUAUGAAAGAUCAGUCGUUGGUGUCAUACCAGCAGAUGCGCCACCUGGUCAGUACUUUGGCAACAUUUCAUUCACCGAUAUGAACAAUCAAGAAAUCGCCUGUAUCCUCUUCAACAUCACCUUGUAG